GUGUGUGCUCCGCACGCUGGUCGGUGUCGAGGUGUGCGCCGCGCGGACCGCGUCCACCGCGUCCACAGCUGGUGCCACUCGAUCGCUACCACUUGGAUACCUGGUGUAGGCCUUUCCCGACCCCACCGCGAUCUCCGAGGGGGCCCUCGGCGGGUCCAGGGGCCAGUACCGCCGCCGGACGCGCUACCGGAGCGCCGAGCGGCUGCGAUCGCCGCUAGGCCUAACGCCGUUCGUCUGUUUACGCGGCUCGGGUGGUGCACUUGAAGUGAGGAGUGCGCGAGCCGCUUUCUCCGAACUUGGGCGAUGCUGCAACUUCGUGCGGACCGAGGCACGGUGUAGUGGAGGUGGGCGGCCGCAAGCGAUGCAGUCGGCCCUGGUGUGCCGCAGCCCCACCAAGAGCCCCGCCCCUCCGUCAACCGUGCCGGUGCUGCCCCCCUGGGGACGCCCCCUCCACAACGCCUGGAACCUGAAGCUGCUGGGCCUGCGCAGGGCACAGCAGCAGCAGAGGGCCAGGCAGAAGCCGCGCACGGGCCCCGUGGUCGUCUGCUUAAGGCAGUGCCUCAGCAGUCCGAAGAAGCCGGAGCCGGAACCUUCCCAGGGCGUCGGGGCGGAGGGCGCCGGGGAAGCCGGAGCGGAGCCGGGGCUGCCGGAGGCCACCAGUCCCUCGGAGGAGUCACCUUGCGCAGGCACCGAUGGGGCGGGCAGGCCUCUUCUCGCCGACAUGCCCGACCUGCUCAGCAGCUCCGCCGACUCCGUCAACCUCGAGGACUCCCAAGAGGAGCGUGAGGCCAUGCCCUGCCUGGAGCCCCUCUUGGACAGAGCCAAGGAGUCUGGGUCUCCCGAGAUGCCCCUGCUGACGCCCGCCAAGCUGCACCAGGACCCGGACCCAGCGGCGGAGAAGGCGAGGUCGGCGCUGAAGCGCUUCCAGGGCAACGUCGAGGUGGACAGCAUAGACGGCGUGGACUUCUUCAGUUUUUCCAGCGCCGAGGAACUGCUCGAGUUCACCCACAGCAUGGACUGCUUCCCCACGGUACGCGCCGAGCCGCUGGAGCUGGCGGCGCUCGACGACGAAGACGGCGACUCCCACGAUCCGGAGACCCGCUGGACGGAGGAGGAGGAAGAGGAGGAGGAGGGGGCGGCGGGGCAGGAGGGGGAGGAGGGGGAGGAGUCAUCCGGGUUGCUUCCUCGCAAGACAACGGAUGUCACGCAGAUCAAGGGGUGGCGCCGGAAGGCGUUCUGCGCCGAACGGCAGCAGGUGGACCGUGCCCUGGAGCAGACGACGCAGUGGGUGCUGGAACAGCAGAGGAGCGACUGCGGGGCCAGGAGCGACCCCGACCAGAGCCCGGGCUCCCCGGCGUCUGCAGAUGGGUCCCCUGUAGCGACGCCCGUGGCCGCCCCGCCGGCGCCCGCCACCCGAACUGCUCGCUCUGACGCAGGGCGUGAGCUAUCGCGGGAGGUGCGGUGUGCCUUCGUGAGCUCCUCCCUGGACGAGUUCCUGGAGCACCGGGCAGAGCUGCGAGUGAGCCAGCUGGCGCAGCUGCGCCCCAAUAUCCGGCCGCCCCCCGUCGGAGCCGGCGUGCUGGCACUCACCGUCUUCGGCCACGAGGAACCCAAGAAGCGGGCGGCCGGGGUGUCCGCCAGGGCCUACAGGGACCCUCACCGGACGGCUCGCACUGCCAAGGUUUCCGAUCCCGCCCCGAAGUCCGGGCUCGUUCCGAAAUCGGAACCCGUCGAGACGCCGGAGGCCGCCCAAGAGCCCGAGGCAGCCAAGAAGUCGCAGCGGAUCCAGAAACUGGAGCCCGAGUCGGAGCCGGUCGAAGAAGCCGAGCCUGUCCGGAAGUCCCGGUUGGUGCGGAAGUCAGGCCUCGUCCGGACACCCAAACAGUGCCGGUCGACGUCCGGUACCCGGCGUGCCAUGAGCAGCCAGGAAGAGAGCUCCGAACCAACGCCCUCUCCGGCCAAGCGGGUCAAGCAGGAGCCGCCAGAGGAAGAGUUCCUGGCCAUGACGAGCCGCUGCCUUGGCGUCAGCGAGCCGGCCGACGUGCCCGGUGCCACUUCGGACGUCGUUGCGGACUUCCCCAUGGUGCCUCCGGCCACCCUGACGCCCCGGCAGCAGGAGCUGCUGGACCGCCUGGUGGCCAGCACCCAGUCGAGCCGGCCCCUGACAGUGGCCCUCUCGGCCGAGCCCACCUUCGUCUGCCCCCAGCUGAACGGCAGGGAUGCCAACGCGGCCGCCAGGGCACUGGCCACGGAACCCGUCAGGCGCCAGCUGUUCGAGGACAGCCCACCGAGAGCCAAGGCAAAGUCGGCGCCGGCCACUCAGGGUUCUGCGUCUAAGACGGCGGUGGCCGCGACUUUGGCGUCGGGGAGUUCAAACUCCAAGACCCCGAGGGUUUCGGCCUUCCGGUAUUGGGGGUCGAAGACUGUGGCGGCGUCGACUCCAGGUUCGGACAGCAAUUCGCCGACGGCUAGGGGUUCGGACCCCGAGACGACGAGUCCGACGUCGAAGAGUUCGGUCUCCAAGGUGCGGACUCCGGCGUCUAAAAGUUCAGACCCCAAGACUCCGGCCGCGACGUCUAAGCCUUGGGCCUGGAAGACCCAAACUCCGACGUCACGGACUUCGACUCCAGCAGCGACCCCUGUCCGGACUCCUCCUGCGUCGUCGCCCGCAAACUCUCCGGACGCGAGUUCGGGCACGCCGGGACGCGGGGGCCAAUGCGCGGGUGUCCCGAGGAGGCGUCGGGGGAGGGGUGGCGGGUCGCUGGGAGUGUCGCGGGGAAGCACACGCAGCAGGAGGCCCAUCCGGCUGCCGGCGAGGUUCCAGGAUUCCGAGCUGCUGCUGUCACCCACCGCCUGGGACCAGCUGCUGUCAGCGCUGCCGCCACGUGCGCCGCGGCCAGAGCCGGUUGUUGCCGCCGGUCCCGUGUCGCCGCCUGCGGAGAGCGCCAAGCCCACGGCCCCGACCACGCCCCGGGCGCGGGACUCAUCUUCGUCGUCGAGCAGCUCGUGGUCCAGCAGUUCAUCGUCGGGUUCGUCCUCGGGCUCCUCUACAUCCCCGGCCGCGGCAGCCGACCCCAAGGAGAAGGACCCGGGUGGCCGCACGGCGCUGCACCACCUGGCGGCGCAGCGCACCAAGGGCCUGGUCAGCCUGGGUUCGCUCACCAAGCCGGCCGAAGACGACAGCCUCUCAGACACGUCCGAGCAGUUGAGCUCCGAGGAGGAGGAGGCGGGCACACCCUCGACCCCUCCCCUUCCCUCGGAGGAGGCGGAGUCCGCGGCCGUCGACGAGGUGACGGCGGUAAAGGCGUCGCGGGAGCGGGUGCGCCGCAAGCAGCUCAUGGACCUGUUUGUGCGCCUCCAGAACGCCGUGUUCAGUGGCCCCAGCGAACGGCCACUGCCCAAGGUCUCCAUUCUGCAGCAGGCGCUGCGCUACCUGAGCUGCCUGAAGACGCUCUCGCACCACCUGGACGGGGAGAAGCGGCGCCUGCGCAGGCGCCAGUUGGACCUGCAGACGUGCCUGGCGGCCGCCCGCAAGGGCCACACCUUCCUCAGUCGCCUGGAGCCCCUGCCCCCCUCACAGCCCGUGCCCAGGCUGGUCGCGCAGGUGUGCGACCUGUCGUCUCCAACCCUGGAGCCGUUGCGGAGGAUCUCGGACGAGGUCUCGAUCCCGCAGCCCAGCUCCCACCACCACAAGUCCUCCCAUUCGGGCAAGAGCUCCGGCAAGAAGCCUUCGUCUGAGGGCUCCGUCAAGAAGAAACCUCGGAAGGGGUCGCCUGCUUCUUCGAUUUCGGAAAAACAACAAGCCCCUCCGAAGUCGCCGCCGAAGCCGCAAGUCAAGCCGCAAGCCAGGCCGCCGCUCAAGCCACAACCCAAGCCACAGCCCAAGCCGCGACCGCAGCAUCCUGCGGUCCACCAGGGCCCCUUGGUUGCCAACCCUCAUCACCGAGACUCCAAAGCCCCAAGCUGUGCGAGCACGCCAACUCCCCCGCGGAACGCUGGCGUGCCGACGGUGCGGAUCCACCCACCGGCAACGCCGGAUCCGGCCUCGCUGACGUACAAGCUGGACGGCGGACGUAUCGGCUCGCUGCGGACCUUGCCGGCGAAUCCGGAAGAGCCCCGCAAGUACACGCUGUACCCGGCCAAGGGCACCGUGCUGGGGGACCUGUCCAAGGUGGCGGCCGCGGCCCAGCACCUCAUUGGGCCAUGCGUCAUCAAGCGCGUCACGCUCAAGACGGGCCAGACGGUGUUCGUGUACCGCAAGCCGGCGGUCGGCGGCGGCCCGGGUGAGACGGAGUGGGUGCCGGAGCCGGUGGAGCGGCGCGAGGAAGACGGGAAGAAGGCGGAUGAGGCAGCGGGUCCCGCCACCGGGGAGGACGGGGAAGACGAGGAGGACCUGGCAGACACCUCGGAGUGGGUGUCGGGGGACGGAGACACAUGCAUCGUCGUAAAGUUGCCCGUGGACGACGACGAAGACGCUGCGGCGUCCUAGCACGGCGGUGGAGCGUCGGCAACUCGUGCUCCGGGAAGUUUUGGGACAAACUUCGGGGCGUCGGAAACCGACUCGUGCCGUCCGGAAAGACUUGCUCAACGUCGUAGCCUCCUCGUCUUCUCGAUUAUUUGCUUUUCUUUUUUUUUUU